AUGAACCACCGAGGUUUGUUUCGGGUUGACGUGGAUUCAUUUCAGAAACUCAUUGAUGGAUUGGACGUUCAACCACGCGAGGAACUGACAGGAAGACUUCAGGAGGAGGCUCAACAACGAUAUCUUGAUGUUUGCAAGAAGUUUGAACCUUGGGGACAGGCAGAUUUUAUACAUCUUUCAAAAAUUACGCCGCCAAACUUCUUUGUUGAUAUUAUCUCCUCUUACAAGUCAAGGUCGAAACUCAUGCCACCAUCUGAAGACGCACUUCGCGUCCACACAGAGCUCAGAACCAAAUCAAUCGGCGAGAAGCGAAAGAAGAUCAACAAGACAUGCAACCUCAAUAUUAUUCCACCCGAAGUCAGGGAGCAGAUCUUCCGUGUUAUUCUCGAGGAUUAUUUUGCAGAGUUCCCUAGACGUUCGGUGCUGGUCUAUCAAAACUGGAUCAUGGGACCCUGUAAAAAGAUCAAUAUAUCAGGAAAUACAGGAUUAGCUCUCAAAGAUCUUCCUGCCUUUGAAAUCGCUUUGAUCCCUGUUCAGAAGCUCUAUCGAGAGUUCUUUGCUUUGAGGAUUAAGCAAUGUACAAUUGAACUUCGUCCUAGCAUUACAUGGAGCCAUGUCUAUAGUUUUCCUCCCGAAGUUCAAGUUGCCGAUCCACCCGAGGAGAUCACGGAGUGGGUGACCGAUAGUUCGAAGAGCAGUUUUGAGUAUAUGGCGUGGGUUUACUUGCAAGAAAAAGAGCUUGGCUUUCAUCCCAACAUCGGCAAUAGUUGUUAUAACCUCCCUCUACGUGGCUGGGUUUACCGUUAUCCUUCUCUCUCUAAAUUAUCUCCAAUAAUGUUGGAUAAUAUUCACAGUGUUGAUAUCAUCUUAAGCACCGAUUACCUUGGCACACAGUACGUUGAUGAUACUCAGCGAUGGAACGAACAUUUUGCUCCUACAUUCGAUGUUCUCAGCUGCAAUCUGAAUUACGCUGCAAACCUAGCCUCCCUCUCUUACAUUCUGAGCCACAAUACCCGGACUUUCGAAAGCAAAUUCAACCAAGUCGUCACCCUCCCUACUACCACGGUCCUUGCAAUUAUCCUCCGCUCUCUCGAGAACUCUCUCGCUGUCGAGACCAAGCAGAGCACCCUAGAUACCAACCCUUAUUCUCUGAUCCCUGCCCCUCUAUCCCAGCUCACAACGUUCAGUAUCAAAACUUUCGAAACCAAGCUUCCCUCCAAAUGUUGUAGAGGCAUAUACAGCCAAGAAACCCCUACUAGCCUGCGUGAAAGUGCGGAAGUUAUAAAUAGUUUACUGGCAAUUUCUCUAGAGUCAUCAAGAAUUGAGAGGGUACCUGGAAUAGGCCGGCGAGAAAUUGAUUGGGGAUGGGGAGUUAGUUGUUACCAGUUGGUCUGGGCCGCGGGAGUUGGUAGAAAAUUGCUGAUUUGUGAGAAGACAGAGAGUGAGCAAUCGAAAGGCUGA